UUUCAAGGGAACCCAAACUGGGCGUUUCUGUGUGGCAACUCCCACGAAAAGUUUCUGCAAAACGGCGUCAACCUCCGAAUUUUUAAUACCGAGGACUAAACGGCAAGAAAACCCUCCUCCAUGAACACUAACCACGGCUGGAAUUCGUCCUUUUGUCGUUCCCUGUAUAACAUUUCGCAUGGAAAGUAUCCAACCGUCUGUCAGCCCGCUUCGUGCUCGACUUGUUUACCAGUCGUGUUUUCCAGACGACGGCGCCAAGUUAAUGUCGCUGGCUUCGAAUGUCUCCAAACGCUACAUAGUUGAAUAUGUUUUGCUUAAUUUAACUUAUAAGUUCAAAGCGUUAACUUUGUCUUGGGGGUAAGUUUGUUACGAGCUACUUUUUUUUUUUUUAUAAGGGACCGUCGUCAAAGUCGCGAGCGCUUCCACGCUUUCGCCAUUCCCUUACUGCGCCACUUGAAGUGGAAUGGGACGCCUUGAAACCUCCGUGUUUGGCUCUUGAAACUGCGUGGGGGCGUCCAGCGGCUCCAUAUUGAAUCAAAGUUGCCAACUCCGGUGACAACAAUGCUGUAAAAGUUCGGGGUGUUCGUGUAAAUGGGGGAGCUGUGACGGCGACGAGUGGGCGAACUUCCCCCCCCCCCUGCAAGUUGCACUAGUCUGCGCCACGAUCCACGACUUUUGACGGCGGGAGCGAGAAGUGGACGUGAUGGACGACCCGUCCUCGGUCAUCACGCAGGUCAGCCGGGACGAAGAGGCGAACAAAGCCGCGGAAAGAGGAGAUCGAGGUUCCACACCCUCCUUGUCCACCAAGAAGCCCCGAAGUGGCGGCUUAUUUUCCAUCUUUUCCUGCUGCCUGUGCCGAGACCAGCAAGAACCUCCGCCGGUGAACAACAACGCCCCCCUGCUAGUCGAGGAGAAUGGCACCGUUUCCAAGGUCAAACCGCUGCUGCCACCAGUCAAGUCCAAAGACUCUGGAAAGGUCUGCGUGGUUAUCGACCUGGAUGAGACGCUAGUUCACAGCUCUUUUAAGCCUGUGAACAACGCAGAUUUCAUCAUUCCCGUGGAAAUAGAUGGAACCGUACACCAGGUGUAUGUGCUGAAGCGGCCUCAUGUAGACGAGUUCUUAAAGAGGAUGGGAGAAAUGUUCGAGUGUGUCCUGUUCACUGCCAGUUUAGCCAAGUAUGCCGACCCGGUCUCUGACCUCCUGGACAAGUGGGGAGCCUUUCGCUGUCGCCUUUUUCGGGAGUCCUGCGUCUUCCACCGAGGAAAUUACGUCAAGGAUUUGAGUCGCCUGGGCCGCGACCUAAACAAAGUCAUCAUUGUAGACAACUCCCCUGCCUCUUACAUCUUCCAUCCUGACAACGCCGUGCCCGUGGCCUCGUGGUUCGAUGACAUGUCCGACACCGAGCUGCUGGACCUCAUCCCUUUCUUCGAGCGGCUAAGCAAAGUGGACAACGUCUACACUGUCCUCAAGCACCAAGGGGCCACAAGCUAACAGAAUUUUUAAAAACAAAAAUACAUAUCCGAACAAAACCAGCAUGUAAAUCUGACACAAUCAAAUUCACAUUCACAUCAGUGAGGGCUCCCACCCAGACUGAGACUCUUCCCAUGCCAGGAAGUCUUCGAUGUUGUUGGCGCCGCCACCUCCUGGUCGAGCAGGAAACCGCUCUACAUUAGCCUUCCCCAUUCCUCAGCUCAGGAAGCGACACCUGCGUGGAUUUUUAAGGACGUUUUUUUUUUUUUUUGCCUUUUCGUAGGGCAAUUCUAAGGACUCGGCAUCAAGAAUGUGCCUUUUUAAACUUUGCUACAAAAACAAAUAUUUUAGCUACACCUGCCGUGCCACUUGGGUCAAAUGUCACACUUGCUGUAAACUCAAGUUGCUUUGCGUUCGACGGGCUCACUUCCACCUUUUGAGCGAAACUUGAAUUCUUAAGAGGGAGCAUAGGAAGUGCAGAACGAGGACAAGUCUGUCAGGUCGCUAAGUACGUCGUCCUUUUUCUCUUUUAUUCCGAAACGGUACACAUAGGCUGGAAACUCACGCAAAGGGUGCAAUUGUGUCUCUAUUUAAAACAGUGGUUCUUAACCUGGGUUCGAUCGAACCCUAAGGGUUCGGUGAGUCGGGCUCAGGGGUUCGGCGGAGGUCGAGACACACCCAACUCAUCGUGUAAAUACAAACUUCUCCCUAUCAGCGUAUUACGGAUACGGCAACAGCAGAAGUCAGACUGAUUUGCAGGUGUGUAAUUUGUUGUGAGUUUAUGCACUGUGUUGGUUUUGUUGUUUGAACAAGGUGAUGUUCAUGCACGGUUCAUUUUGUGCACCAGUAAAAAAACAUGGUAACACUUUAGUAUGGGGAACAUAUUCACCAUUAAUAAGUUGUUUAUUAACAUGCAAAUUAGUAACAUAUUGGCUCUUAACUAGUCAUUAUUAAGUACUUAUUAAUGCCUUAUUCGGCAUGGCCUUAUUAUAACCCUAACCCUCUAACCCCAACCAAAUAAUUCAAAAUGAAGUCUUUGUUACUUAGAAUAUGUUCCCAGAGUGUCCAAAAAACGCUAAAUUAGGUCUUUGUUACUUAGAAUAUGUUCCCCGAGUGUCCAAAAAUCUCCAAUUUAAGUCUUUGUUACUUAGAAUAUGUUCCCCGAGUGGCCAAAAAACUCUAAAUUAAGUCUUUGUCACUUAGAAUAUGUUCCCCGAGUGUCCAAAAAUCUCCAAUUUAAGUCUUUGUUACUUAGAAUAUGUUCCCCGAGUGGCCAAAAAACUCUAAAUUAAGUCUUUGUUACUUAGAAUAUGUUCCCCGAGUUUCCAAAAAACUCUAAAUUAAAUUUUUGUCACUUAGAAUAUGUUCCCCGAGUGUCCAAAAAUCUCCAAUUUAAGUCUUUGUUACUUAGAAUAUGUUCCCCGAGUGGCCAAAAAACUCUAAAUUAAGUCUUUGUUACUUAGAAUAUGUUCCCCUAGUGUCCAAACAACUCUAAAUUAAGUCAUUGUCACUUAGAAUAUGUUCCCCGAGUGUCCAAAAAUCUCCAAUUUAAGUCUUUGUUACUUAGAAUAUGUUCCC